UCCAGAGCAGUGUUUGGUAACAUGAGGGGAGAAGGAGGAGCCACCAAUGCCUGCAGCAGAGGUGUUUGCUGAAACUCCAGGCUUGGUUGGCUAAUAUAGCGCAUGUGAAAAGACAGGAUGUUCUUGCUUCUUUGGGAACUCCGAUCACUCCACUCCUUUCAGAAGCAAUCAGCUGAUGUCUUGGCUCACUCUCUGCCCACCCGAAUGUUCAAAACAGCAUGUGACCGGGUGUCCUCAAACAAGAAGGAUCUUGCCAGGCCUCCCUGUUGAUUUGUUUUCAUCCACCUCCUGGCUUUGCCUGAUCAGGACUAUGGCGACUCAGGAAGUCCCGCCAGGCAGCCAGGCAGAGGAAAGCAGUGCUUUGGACCUGCCAUCAUCUUGUGAUAUAAGAGAUUACGUGAUGCAAAGACCCAGCCAGGAGGCCCCCAGCGAGGCUUUUAGUUCUGUGGAAACCUUUUCUCUUCCUUCCUCUUCUGAUGUGGAUCCAGACACCAGUAACCUAAAUAUUGCACAAAGAGAUUCCUGUACCUCUGAGAAUUUCUGGCUCGACCCUUCUGUGAAAGGCCAACCAGAGACCAAGACAGAGGAUGACGGACUCCGGAAAUUGCUGGAUAAAUUCUAUGAACUCUUUGGCCAUCCACAGCCAGCCUCUGGAAAUCCACUCUUCGCAUCUGUCUGCCAGUGCCUGUCUCAGAAAAUCAAUGACCUGAAGGGCCAGGAGAGCCAGAAGUAUGCCCUUCGAACUUUUCAAAUGGCCCAGGUCAUCUUCAACCGGGAUGGCUGCUCAGUCUUACAGAAGCAUUCCAGGGACACCCACUUCUACCCCCUAGAAGAAGGAAGUGAGUCUUUGGAUAACGAGACACUAACCCCAGGGCUUUCCAAAGAUGUUAUUCAUUUCCUCUUGCAACAGAACAUGAUGAAAGACCCAUAACAGGUCCCUGGUGGUAAAAGCAGGCUGUAUGGAGGGUAGCCCCGUGGGUGUCACUGUUGGUGCCCCCUUAGGUCUCUCUUGUCAGUUCUGUGUGCCCAGCCCCCGGCUAAGUGCUCUACAGUCAAAGGCCAAGUACUGUGACCAAGUACUAGAGCAAGUUCGGCCCAUAGAGAGAGCUAUCAAUGUCCGGAAACUUUAUAGCCACCAGGCCAUGCUCCUUCCCACCCUACCCACCAUUCCUCUUGGCCUGAGCUCAAUGACUGACGGGUUUGGGAAUCAAAAGCCCAGCUUCCUUGUCUCAAGGAAAGACAUGCUCUGAGGCACAAUUUAUGUUCCAGAACUCCUCUCUGAAUUAGGCUGAGUCUGGGACUUCGCAGGAUAACCCACUCUGCUGACUCCCUCCCUUUCCCGGUCCUCCUACUGGUGUCCCUUGGGAGCCUUUCUUUAAUAAAUCUCUUGUACCUGAAUUUGUGACUCAGAGUCCACUUCCAGGAAAACUUGACCUGAGAGAACAAGUUUCCAUUAGGUGAAUUUUUAAAGGGAACAAAGCCCUAUGCUGAAUCAAAUACAAGAAUUACACCAAGUUGUAAAACUGCAACCACGUGAUUGAGAACUUAUGUCCCCGAAUAAUACGAAGAUUUAAAUACGGUGCCAAAAAGUGCAUCCCAUCUUAAUCAUACCCUUGCCUCACCAAAGCCAGAAUUGCCUAUUUUAUAAUAUUAAGUGGGUGUGGAAAGAACAUUUGAACCAUCUAAAAUAACAGCUACAAUUCACCAAUUUAAAAAAAAAAAAAAAGUCUCUUCAUCUCCACCAGAUUGCAAAUGUGAAAGGUGAGGAGAAAACAAAUGUGCUCCACCCACCAAAGUAUGCGUAAGCUCGAUUAUGGUAGGCUAGGCGGAUGCCACGCAGCCUUGUUACUUUGUGGUGGAGGAGAAAAAAGAAGCUUUUGCCCAAGUGGCCUCCUUCCUCUCAUUAUUUUUGCUUUCUGCCUCCCUGCAGCCAGCACCUUCUGUCACCCUUUGAGCACUUGGCCCCUCAUCCCUUUCCUAUCCUGGCUUCACCCGGGAAUAAUUUCUUUUUUUUAUUUUUCAGUUGACAUACAAUAUUAUAUUAGUUUCAGGAGUAAAAUGUAGUGAUUAGACAUUUAUAUACCUUACGAAGUGGUCCCCCAAUAAAUCUAGUACCCACCUGGCACUCUACAUAGUUAUUACAAUAUUAGUGACUAUGUUCCCUGUGGCUAUAAAUCACCAGUCCAGGCUUGCACUGGCAGAUGCUCUGUUCUGCAGCUGUGUUCUGAAGCCCCUGCUUGAGACUUGGUUGGUAGAAUGACAUCACCUGGCACCAAGGAGCCUGAAACUGUCAUUGGAAGCCUCACAGGAAUUCCUACCUCGACAGCUCUCCAAAUUACAUUCAUAGAAAGGGUUAUAUCACUUGUUUGGGGAAGUACAACGAGAGAAGCUGGCAACACUGCAAUUAGAUUUGGAGAAACUUUAGGUAUAAUUUAAUUGGCAUAAGACAUCCUAAGCUUUCUGGAAAUUGAAAAUUGAAUUAUGGAAAUAGAUCAGCCUAGACGGGUAUAUUAAGAGUGAGUGUGCCCUCUCAGGCAGGUCCUUUGGGGACUUUUGGAUGGAGAGAGAAGCCUUUUACAGGUCAGGAAUUGCAUACUAAGGCUUUCAGUUCUAGGAAGAUCAGACGUCAGAAACAGAAUUCCACAUCGAAAGGCAGAGGCACGAGUGGAAGGAGAGACUUUACUGGUAGGAAAUAGGAAAUGAAUAGGCCUCUGAAAGAUACUUGAGAAAGCAAUCCUCCAGGUUUUCCUGUAACAAGCUGUCUUUCUCCAUGGGCUUCUCCUAUUCAAGUGGCCCCCAAAUAGUCAUGAAAACUGUGGGACUUUAUAAUAGAAAAUCUACAGGUUGUUUUCUGAGGUUACUAGUUUCAUUGUUUUUUAACACAAAACAAAUUAAUAGAUGCCCUUAAAGAAUGCUGUAGUUCCUAGUAUUAUGCUGUAACUGAAAUAUUGGAGAUUAGUUUCCAUGGCUACCAAGAGAAGUGAACUGGAUUAUUGCAUACUGUUUUUAUUCUUUUUAUUUCAUAUUAUAAAGAACUUCAAAAACUUACAGCAUUUAUUCCAUAAAUGUAAUCAUAACCAAUAUUAAGUAAUAUAUUAAAGAAAUUCACUAUAUUAUAGGUUAUGAUAUUUUAUACUGUUUUUUGUGGUUUAUUUUUAAGGAGGGCACAGCUCACAGUGGUCCACAUGGAUAUUGAACCAGCAACCCUGGUGUAAUUAGCACCAUACUCUAACCAACUGAGCUAACCAG